UUUGUAGAGCUGCCUGGAAGCUACCACUGCAAAUGGAGAGGUCCCAUGGCUUCACAAGGCCGGAUCGGAAGACCAUCGAGAGGAAUAGAAGGAUCCAAAUGAAGGCUCUCUGCUCCCAGCUCGACUCCCUGCUCCCCGACCCACCCACCUCAAGGGAGGGAGCGACGCUGCCGCUACCAGACCGACUAGAAGAAGCGGCGAAUUAUAUAAAAAGUCUGCAGAGGAGGCUGGAGAGGAUGAAGGAGAGGAAGAGGAAGCUGAUGGAGUCCGAGGGGACCAGCCGAGGUACGGGAAGUGUGGAGAGAGGUGGGAUGAGGUUGCCUCAGAUAGAGGUCCAAGACCUGGGUUCUGGGUUAAGAGUUGUUAUAACAAAUAGCCCAGGGGAUCGGCGCAUGUUCUACGAGGCGGUUCGAGUCAUGGAGGAGGAAGGGGGAGAGAUCCUGAAUGCCAACUUCUUGGUGGUCGGCGACAAGGCUUUCCACUCCAUACACUCCAUGGUUGCGGAUCCUAGGGGUGGUUCUGAGGCUAGCAAGGUGUUGGAGAGACUGAAGAAAGCAUGUCAUCAGUGAUGGUGAUGUUGGUAGCCUGUGUGUAUGAAAAAGGGGUUUGUUUGUAUUUUUUAGGACAGGCCGAAAAAUGAAUAGUGGAAACUGUUGAUGUUUCACAAGUUCAGAUAGUUUGCUGUCGAAGAAAGUGGGUCUUGCUGCUUCUGUUGUUUUUAUCUCAAGUAUCAAAUCAGCCUCAAUAGAUAUAACUACUGUUGCCGGA